GCCUACUACAGCUUCUACUGCUGUUGAUCUUUCAGCUAGUCACCGAGAAGAGCGGAGUUAAAUCGAAACUGCAAUCGAGUGUUAAAAACUGUGAAGAGUGUCCAGUAGCGCCAUUAUCUGUGAUUUUCGUGCUUUUUUGAUCAACUUUAAUGUACACACGGAAGAAAAACGAACCGGUUAGCUAAGCGGUACUCUUAUUUUGAAACAGGAAACAAGGGAAAACGUCGCCAUGGUUACGGGUAGCAUUUGGCUAGCUUCUUAAAGACGCUCUUCACAUUUAUUUGCUCGAUACUGUAGUUUGAGUACUCAUAUACCAUGGGGGAGUCCGAUACUUACCACAUACGACCCAAUCAUCAGCAGAAGUUCAGGCCAGCUGUUGUGAAGGAGUGUAUUCGUGAAAUUGUGAGGGAGCGACUGUCUGGGGUGCAGUACAAUCCAGAGGAAGUCCCAGAGCUGACCCGUUCACUGGCAGACUCUGUGAAGGACAAAGUAAAGAAUUCAGGAUUUGACAAAUAUAAGCUUGUUGUGCAGGUGGUCAUUGGAGAACAACGAGGGCAGGGAGUCAAGAUGUCUUCCAGGUGUUUUUGGGAUGCUGAUACAGACAGCUAUGCAGAGGAUGUUUUCAUGAAUGACAGCUUGUUCUGUGUGGUAGCAGUUUUUGGAAGCUAUUACUACUGAGGAAGAGAGGAUGGACCACAGGAAAAAAAAGACUUUUACAUGAAAAUGAGCUGGCCUCAACUAAAGAAGCGACGCACAUCUGGUCUUAAAAAUGAAAAACCUCAUUGAGAUUUUGUGACUUAUUAAGGACAAAGACUUGUUAUGGCUUUUUUUUUUUUUUUUACCUCAAAACAUUGUAAUUGUUUAAAAUGAUACAUAUAUUGUUACUGUAUACAAGGUUACAAUACUUUAUGUUCACUUGGGUCUAUUAUAUGCCCAAGUUACUGUUUAUGAGAAUAACAUCUGAGCUCUGUGAGUUCUCUGAAAGCUGACUGCUUUCAAUGUGCAGUUUCCAGCAUUUUUUAAUACAGGUAAUAACAUGGUCAUCUGCUCUAUGCACAGAGAAAGGCCAGGCAGGUUUAUUCCAAGCCAAAAGCCUUUAAAGUGUCAUUAUCUUCAUACAGUUUCACAAGAGUCUUUAGUUUGUUUUAUGCAGUAAACCUAACAAAUGAAUAAAGGUCAGAUUUAAUAUA